ACGGGCAGCCGGGCCGCCGGCUCGCCCCCUCCCGCCCCGCAGCCGCCAGCCCCCGGCGAGGGUGCAGCCCGUGCCGCCGCGUCCCGCCCGCCGCCGCGUCCUCCGGGCAUGGAAGGAGGCUGCAAGCCCAACUCGUCGUCCAGCAGCCGGGACGAUGGCAACAGCGUCUUCCCCGCCAAGCCGCCCGCGACGGGCGCGGGCUCGAGCGGGGCCGAGAAGGGGCUGGGCAGCCCGGCGGGGGGCGGCGGCGGGCCGGGCGCCAAGGAGCUGGGCAACUCCGUGUGCUUCAAGGUGGACGGCGGCGGCGGCGAGGAGCCGGCCGGGGGCCUGGAGGACGCCGAGGGGCCCCGGCGGCAGUACGGCUUCAUGCAGCGGCAGUUCACCUCCAUGCUGCAGCCCGGCGUCAACAAAUUCUCCCUCCGCAUGUUCGGCAGCCAGAAGGCGGUGGAAAAGGAGCAGGAAAGGGUUAAAACUGCAGGCUUCUGGAUCAUCCACCCCUACAGCGACUUCAGGUUUUACUGGGAUUUAAUAAUGCUUAUAAUGAUGGUUGGCAAUCUGGUCAUCAUACCUGUUGGAAUCACGUUCUUCACAGAACAAACAACAACACCCUGGAUUAUUUUCAAUGUGGCCUCAGACACAGUGUUCCUCUUGGACCUGAUCAUGAAUUUUAGGACUGGGACUGUCAAUGAAGACAGCUCUGAAAUCAUCCUGGACCCUAAAGUGAUCAAGAUGAAUUAUUUAAAGAGCUGGUUUGUGGUGGACUUCAUCUCAUCAAUCCCAGUGGAUUAUAUCUUCCUCAUCGUAGAAAAGGGAAUGGAUUCAGAAGUUUACAAGACAGCCAGAGCACUUCGCAUCGUGAGGUUUACAAAAAUUCUCAGUCUCUUGCGUUUAUUGCGACUUUCAAGAUUAAUUAGAUACAUACAUCAGUGGGAGGAGAUUUUCCACAUGACCUAUGACUUGGCCAGCGCAGUGGUGCGCAUCUUCAACCUCAUCGGCAUGAUGCUGCUGCUGUGCCACUGGGACGGCUGCCUGCAGUUCCUGGUGCCGCUGCUGCAGGACUUCCCCUCCGACUGCUGGGUGUCGCUCAACAAGAUGGUCAACGACUCCUGGGGGAAGCAGUAUUCCUAUGCGCUCUUCAAGGCCAUGAGCCACAUGCUGUGCAUUGGGUACGGCGCACAGGCCCCGGUCAGCAUGUCGGACCUGUGGAUCACCAUGCUCAGCAUGAUCGUGGGCGCCACCUGCUACGCCAUGUUCGUGGGCCACGCCACGGCUCUGAUCCAGUCUCUGGAUUCCUCCAGACGGCAGUAUCAAGAGAAGUAUAAGCAAGUGGAACAAUACAUGUCAUUCCACAAGUUGCCAGCUGAUAUGCGUCAGAAGAUUCACGAUUACUAUGAACACAGAUACCAAGGCAAGAUCUUUGAUGAGGAAAAUAUUCUCAAUGAACUCAAUGAUCCUCUGAGAGAGGAGAUAGUCAACUUCAACUGUCGGAAACUCGUGGCCACGAUGCCUCUGUUUGCCAACGCUGACCCCAAUUUUGUGACUGCCAUGCUGAGUAAGUUGAGAUUCGAGGUGUUUCAACCUGGAGAUUACAUCAUACGAGAAGGAGCUGUGGGUAAAAAAAUGUACUUCAUUCAGCAUGGCGUUGCAGGAGUCAUCACAAAGUCCAGUAAAGAGAUGAAGCUGACCGACGGCUCGUACUUCGGAGAGAUUUGCCUGCUGACCAAGGGACGCCGCACUGCCAGUGUUCGAGCUGACACAUACUGUCGUCUUUAUUCACUUUCCGUGGACAACUUCAACGAGGUCCUGGAGGAAUAUCCGAUGAUGAGAAGAGCCUUUGAGACCGUGGCCAUUGACCGACUAGAUCGGAUAGGCAAGAAAAACUCAAUUCUCCUGCAAAAGUUCCAGAAGGAUCUUAACACUGGUGUUUUCAACAACCAGGAGAACGAGAUCCUGAAGCAGAUCGUGAAGCACGACCGGGAGAUGGUGCAGGCCAUCGCGCCUCCUCCGCUGGGCUACCCGCAGACGCCGGGACCCCCGAACAACGCCGCGCCCGCCUCCCGCCUGCGGACCCAGUCGCCGCCCGUGUACCCCGCGACCAGCCGGCCCCCUAGCAGCCUGCACUCCCCGAGCCCGGGCGCGCAGCCCCCGCAGCCCGCCGCCGUCCUCUCGCCCUGCUCCUACACCGCGGCCGUCUGCAGCCCGCCCGUCCAGAGCCCGCUGGCCUCCGCCCGGACUUUCCACUAUGCCUCCCCGACGGCGUCCCAGCUGUCCCUGGUGCACCCGCCGGUCCCGGCCCCGCAGCCCCAGCCUCUGCAGCAGCCCCCGCAGCAGCCCCCGCAGCCCCUGCAGCCCAGCGGCAGCUCCACGCCCAAAGCCGACGUGCACAAGAGCACGCAGGCCCUGCACAACGCCAGCCUGAGCCGGGAGGUCAGGCCCCUCUCGGCCUCGCAGCCCUCGCUGCCCCACGAGGCGUCGUCCACCCCGAUUUCCAGACCGCACCCCACCGUGGGCGAGUCCCUGGCCUCCAUCCCCCAGCCCGCGCCGGCCGUCCACCCUGGCGGGAGCCUGCAGGCGGCGGGCAGGGGCACCGUCCCCCAGAGGGUCACCCUGUUCCGACAGAUGUCCUCCGGAGCCAUCCCGCCGCCCCGAGGGGUCCCGCCCGCACCCCCUCCGCCGGCGGCGGCCCCGCUUCCGAAAGAGCCUUCCUCAGUCUUAAAAACAGACCCAGAGGCCGAAAAGCCACGGUUUUCUUCGAAUUUAUGAUCCCUGCCCGACGGUUCACACAGACUCGAAUAAACCACCCACCGAGGACAUUCUCAGAUCUUAUUUUAUUCUAUCUCCCGACACAUCCCUAUAGCCUAUGAUGAAGAGAUAUUUUAGACAGCUCUGGCCUACACGCAAAAUGUAAAAUAUAUAAAUAUAUAUAAAUAUAUAUAUAUACAUAUACUAUUAAAUAUAUAUAUAUAUAUCUUAAAAUCCCAAGGGAAACUCAAAGACUUGUUUAGCAUUCAGUGUUAUAUAUGUCUUCCUUGCUUUCAAUCAUUAAAAGAGGAUUUAAAAUGUUGUUGUAAGAUUAUUUAUUUUUUAACCUGCUUUUUUCCCUGAAUUCCUUCGAUAUGUGUAUUUCUCUAUUUUAGGAAGAGUUCUGGGAUUCGAGGCAAACAAAACCCUGAUUUUUAAAGGGAAAGCUCAAAAGAGCUACUGAUUGGCACCAAUCAACACCUCUUUCAUUAGCUGUGUCUCUGCAUCUAAAUUGUGAAUCAGGCGUUAUGGAGGGGGAAAUAGCAGAUCUAAAUUGCCAUUUGGUGCUUUCCGUUUUGACUUAGGUUAAAGAACAGUUGCAUAUGCUUGGCCACAGUAGGAGAUGAGCAGCCAGUGUUAGGAGUAUCGCUAACCUUAACCAUGUUCAUUGUUCAUUCAGACAGCAGAGGGGAUAUUUCUCUUCCUGUGUUAUUGGACUUUUACCAAGACUCAAUCCAUGCUAGUUGUAAAUAAUCUUUUCAGCCCAAAUGAAAAAUAGCUAUUCUGUGCUGAAUGAAGGUCAAAGUCAUCACUUAAGAAUUUAGUUUUAUUGUUUCACUUCAAAAUCUAGAGUUUUAAAUUUUUACAAAACCGAAUUGUGACAAUUAUUCAACUGUAAUGCAAUGGCUUGAAACCUACAAUGUUAUUUUAACCUGCAAUGUUUUUAUGCAAAAUUGUAUGCUUGACUCUACAAAUCGCUUGUAUUACACCGAGAACCAUCACUUUUCUUCCUUCUUGCCAUAAUCAAGCAUUGGAAAAUAUCCCUGCAUGCUUUUUUAUUUUUUAUUUUUUUGGCGGUUGGGGGUGGGGGGUGGGAGAGGGAAGGGGUUAAAAGCAGUCAUUGUAGGGAAAGGCUUACAGCAUUUCUCCUUUCUGGAAAAAUAUACCAAUUUUAUUAACUGCCUAUCUUAAAAUUCCUAUAAGUUUGACUCAGAUGGAACUCUAUCUUAAGAUUAGAAGUGAGGUUUUUGCUUUCUUUCAAUAUGAUUACUAUUAUUGUUAUUAUUUAAAUAAUGACUUGUAAAUCACAGCUUGAUUUGGAGUUGCCUGUGUGUUCUGUCUUCACUGUAGUUGGUAGCUUACUGUGGUAUUGACUUAAAGAAAGAAAUGCUCAUAGCAGCAGCAUCUCUGUUGGGAACACAUGCUUUGCUCUAUGUAUACUGUAACUGAGUGGUUAGGAAAUCUUAAGGCAUAUGGUGUUAACAUGGGCCUUGGAUAGGAAGUGUAUUGUCUUAAGAGUGUGAGAAAAGUUUAGAUAUGGUGACAGAAAGAAGGGGGGAACUGAAUGUGAGCAUUGUUUGUUUAUUUGUCUGUUUCCUUAACUCUUUCAAUGAUCUGGGAGCAUCUUCUCCCUCUGAAGGGAGUCCCUUAGUCCUGAUUUGUGCCUAAUGCAUCCCAGGAACGUGGUGGGUGGCUGGAACACAAUUGGAGGAUCCCUGGUUACCACCUUCUAUAAAUAACCCAACUUGAGAGAAUGGCCUAGCGUGGAGGUCUUCAGUAUCUUUGGCCCCGGUGAUACUUUGAAGAACGUAAGCAAGACCCCUCAUUCAACUGGAAGGGCCUCCAGAUAGACUUGAAGACAGAAAACAAAACAAAAGCAAAAACUCUAACAUAGAUAUCCAGGCUGCCUGUUAUGCCUUUUGUGGGAAAAAUAUCUAUAAUACCAAAAUGAGUCAUGGUGUUUAAUUUCUGACAGAUCCCAACUUGUGCGGAUCAACAGUGCUAGUCAAUGUAAUGUUGUCAGUACCAUGCUGGUAACAGAAUGGUGUGUCAGGAACGGUGCAAGAAAGGGGUUGUUCAGUCUACCUACAUCCUAUGGGAAAGCUGCAAGAACAUUUACAUAUCAGUACAAAACUCCUUUAUUUUAUUAAAAGAUGGAGAGUUAAUGUCAAUUUAUUAAGAUCAUGUAUGGAUCCUUUAAAUUAUUAAAGGUUUACAUUUGAUAGGACAAAUGGGUUUGGUAGUGAAAUAUUUUUAUACAAUAGAUACAUUUUUGGCUUUUUAUUUCGAGGACUACUGGGAAAUGUGAGCAGGGUUGAAUUGUAUGUUUUUUUUUUUCAGUGCAAACAGAACAUUUUUAUUCUCUUUGUAACAGAAUGGACGAAAAGCUAAGGCUUGUAUGUUAAAGUAACAGUGGUGCAGGGUGAAUUAUUUACAUCUAUGUAUGAAUCUAUAUACUUAGGUGAAGAGAAAAAAAAUGACUCACAUUCCUGUAAUGUAAAAGCCAAUUGCUAGUUGACAAGUGACCUCUUUUCUCUGUACCUAGGUAAGCCCAUGAGUAUGGAGUUUUAAUCUGUACAGAAAGAAAUGUAUUAUUGAAAAGAUUGGUCUUUCUGCUGCUGGGAAAAUAGUAGAUAGCUGAUUCUUCCAACAACUGUAUGAUCAGGGAUGCGGUAGAGUAUUUCUUUUGUCUUUGCUCAAAGCCAUACAAAAUAAAUAUAUAAAGAUUAUUAAUAAAUUCAACAAAAUAAACUAAAA